AUGACGCGCAUGCGCCCAAGACCAAGAUGGAGCCCGAACUGGCGAGACGGCUCUUUGCAGAGGGAGCGGUUCUUGUGCUGCUGGACGUGCCCCAGAGGACGGAGUUCGGUAUCGACUACAAUUCUUGGAGCGUGGGGCCCAAGUUCAAGGGCGUCAAGAUGAUCCCGCCUGGACUCCAUUUCGUCUACUACUGUGCCGUGAGCAAGCAGGGAGAUGCAGCACCUAGAACUGGCUUCUUUCAUUUCUUCAAACGACAGGAGGUUCUGGUGAUGAAAUGGGAUCAUAAAACCGAAGAUCUCACAGACGAAGGCAUUUCCACGGAGAUGGUGGAGAGGAUAAGAGCAGGUCUGAAGGAUUUGGACCAGGGACUGGGACCAUAUCCUUACGAUACCCUCAAGAAAUGGGUCUCCCUCUCCAACCACAUCUCACAGGACCUUGUCACCAGGAUCCAGCCAUUGAGUGGUAAGGUGACCUCGGUGAGCCAGAUUGUGCAGGAGACAUCUGCUGUCGGCAGUGGGGAGGGAGAGAGGGAAGGAGGACGAGAGAGGGAAGUAACGGGAGAGAGGGAAGGAGGGGGAGAGAGGGAAGAAAGUGGAGGGGGAGAGAGGGAAGUAACUGGAGAGAUGGAAGGAGGGGGAGAGAAGGAGGAAGGAGAAAGAGAAGGGAGGGGGUAUGGAGGUGGAAGAUUUGCCGGGGUGGGUGACUUUGAACCAAGUGUAGACAGUACCUCUCAGAAGAGGAGAACAGAUUUACCACUCUUCAAGUCGAAACCAGAGACAGCACUGAGGUUUUCAGAGGUACCGAGGCAGCGGCACCCGGUGGGGGCUUCCCCCUCUGAGAUCAGCCACCAUUGCAUGGACCUCAGCUACACUCUCCAGUCGUUAAUGACCUCAAACCACACCCACUAUAGAGACCUGCUGGGGGAGCUACAGUUGGCUUUUCUCUGCUUUUUCCUGGCUCAUGUGUACGAUGCAUUUGAGCACUGGAAGGAGCUGGUGAGGCUGCUGUGUAUGAGUGAGAGUGCUCUCUCUGACCAGACUGAGCUCUUCACCAACUUUAUCAGUUAGAGCUCCGUUUUCUCACCUCCAACUAUCUUCAUGACCCCUCCCUCUCUGUUGCAUUAGCCGUGCUACAUUUCCAGCUGAAAGAGAUACCAGACGAUUUCUUUGUCGACAUUGUCUCUCGAAGCAACUUUCUCACCACCACAUUACAGGUUUUCUUUGCCUGUCUGGAGCAAGGCAGCUCCCUGGACUCACGACUGGUGAAGAAAGGCCUCCAGUUUCGAGACAACCUCACAAAGCAGUACAACUGGGACUUCUCCUCCGAGCCUGAUGAGUACGCCCCUACCAUUGUCGACACUGAUUGCUCCUGAGGCGAUUACGUCAUUGUUUCCUGAAACAAUUACGUCAUUAUUACAUCACACCAACUAUUGAAAUAUAAAACACUCAAACCACACUUGUUUGUGCCUAGAGUUAAAUCAUGAUUUGUGAUUCACAUCUGAUUGUAUAAUAAAACAGCGGUGCUAUAAUUGGCUCUGUGACUCCGCCCCUUCUUGUUCCUCCUCUCUGGUUGAAUCCAUCCGAGGGUGUGAGCUACUGCCACCAGGAGAUGUAACCACACCCACUUCCUCGGAAUAGUUAAAGUCACUGAUACCAGGUGUCGUACCAUUGCUGCACGCUGCCUCCUCAAUUGUGGGUAGGAUAUGACUGGGGACGGCAGUGUUCUUACAGUCCUUCUCUGAGAACUUUCCCUCCUCCUCUGCCACCGAGGAACCAAGUCCACUCUCCACCGAGCUCUGACAGACACCGAGAAAGAUGAACCAUACACACAGCCAUACACUGUAUUUAUACAUGCUACGUUCAAACUAGCCGCAUGCCAUGA